AUGCCGCCUUCCUCAAACACCAAAGCUGCUGGAGGCAAAUCAGAUCAUCAGGAACGGCCUUUAAAUCUGACGAGGAGGACGGCGCAGAAACGACGCUCACCUUUCAACAGGGACGAGUCAACGUUCAGUGACCCCAGCAGGCGACUGGAGAUGCGUUUCCGACCCCGUGACCCCUUCUGCCACUCUAUGUGUGGGAACCGGCUCCCGUCGAGCAACCUCCUCCUCAGGGUGCGACGGCGGGUCCGAAAGAAAGACCCCACAGACGCUCAGAUCCAGAUGGACAUCAUGGGAAUCAUAGGAACCACGUACAAGUUCCAGGGGAUGGUAGACUUCCAGUGCCUUGCUGUGGAUUCCCAGAAUGGAAAAAACGUGUCUCUGUACGACAAAAUCAUCCUCCGUAAAGCGGAGAAUCAGGCGUUCUUCGCGCAGGACGUUCCUUACUUCCUGCCCCCGGCCAUUUUCUCACGCCUCGACAGUCCGGUGGAUUACUUCUACCGACCCGACGCCGUUCAGAAGCUGUCGUCGUCGCUCCCUCUGCCCGUCAGUAAGAACUUCAUCGGUCUGAACCGCGCCCGGCGCCCUCACAACGCCAUCUUCGUCAGCUUCACGGACCCCGCCGUUCCCACCGAGUGCCUGGAGGCGGCGCGGGUCAACUGGGGCCGGCUGUGCGUGAAGGAGCAGGACCUGAAGAGCGAGGAGAAGGUCAAGAAGAUGUUUGAGAGUCGGCCCAUCUGGUCCCGCAACGCCCUCAAGGCCAACCUGGACCUCCACCCGGACAAGCUCAAGCUGCUGCUGCCCGUCUACGCCUACUACAUGGUGACCGGACCCUGGAGGAGCCUGUGGGUUCGGCUCGGCUACGACCCCAGAAAGACCACCGAGUCCAAGAAAUACCAGAUGCUGGACUUUAGGAUCCGGGUCAGCUCCAAAUACGGCUACACUCCGCCCAACAUACCGGUGAAAGCCAAGAGGAGCACCCUGAGCUACAGCCUGCCGACCACGCUGAACAAAACAGCUCCUCCGGCUGCCAGCCUGUUGGAUAUUCCCGCCCCAGAAGGUCCCAGUACCAGUCGCGACCCGCCUCCCGUCUCCUUCCAGCUGAAGGAGUCUGCGUACAUCUUCAGAGACGGUUUGCUGCCUCCACACAGACAGAUGUUCUACCAGCUUUGUGAUUUGGACGUGGACGGCAUCAGAGAGGCGAUAAGCCAGAACGACGGCGAGGAGCAGGAGUGUGACGAGCGCGACGGCUGGUGUGUCGUCGGCACCACGGACAAGCUGAGAGACAUCAUCUCCACUAUGAUCAAGAAGGUGGUCAAGGAGAAGAAACCAGGUAUGAAAAACACCUUCAGUGUGUUUCYUUCUUUCAUAAUCCACUGGAUCAAACGUUACAGCUUUGAUCAUAGUGAGAAAUCCCACCUACAGUUGAGUUUAUGUGAUCCUCAUGUAGAUUUUUCUGUUGUGUACAGUGAUUUAUACAUGGUUGCAUUUUUAAAUCAACAUCUG